AUGGAUCAGGACGCGUCCGGUUCUGGUGGAUGGCGGUUUGCGCAGUGUUUUGGUGACAAGGGAGAGGUGGAGGACAUCACAGAGGCCGACAUCAUCUCCACCGUUGAGUUUGACUCGACAGGCAACUACCUCGCGACGGGAGACAAGGGCGGCCGUGUCGUCCUGUUCGAGCGGAACGAGCAGAAAAAGACCUGCGAGUACAAGUUCUACACCGAGUUCCAGUCGCACGAGCCAGAGUUCGAUUAUCUCAAGUCUCUGGAGAUCGAGGAGAAGAUCAAUAAGAUCAAGUGGUGCAAACGCCAGAACUCUGCGCACUUCUUGCUAUCUACUAAUGACAAGACGAUCAAGCUGUGGAAAGUGUUCGAAAAGCAGCUACGAGUGGUCUCGGAGAGCAAUCUGCUCGACGGCCAGAGAUCAUCACCCGCACCCAUGUCUGCGCAACACCUCAGAUUGCCUCGGAUGGCCCAACAAGACAACAUUAUUGCUGCCGUACCCAGGAAAGUGUACUCGAACGCCCAUGCAUACCACAUCCACUCCAUCUCGGUCAACUCCGACCAGGAGACAUACGUCUCCGCUGACGACCUCCGGAUUAACCUAUGGAACCUCGAUCUCAGCGACCGUUGCUUCAAUAUCGUUGAUAUCAAGCCCGUGAACAUGGAGGAGCUUACUGAGGUCAUCACUGCCGCUGAAUUCCAUCCCCUCCACUGCAACCUGUUCAUGUACAGCAGCUCGAAGAGCAACAUCAAGCUUGCUGACAUGCGGGACUCAGCGUUGUGCGACAAGCAUGCAAAGAUGUUCGAGGAGGAGGAAGAUCCUACAAAUCGGUCGUUCUUCUCUGAGAUCAUCUCCUCCAUCUCGGAUGUGAAGUUCAGUCGUGACGGCCGCUACAUCCUAUCUCGCGACUACCUGAAUCUUAAAGUUUGGGACAUCAACAUGGAGAACCGGCCCGUCAAGAUCAUCCCCAUCCACGACCAUCUGCGGGGGAAGCUGUGCGAUCUGUAUGAGAACGAUUGCAUCUUCGACAAGUUUGAGUGUGUUUGGAGUGGUGAUGACAAGCACGUCCUUACCGGCUCCUACCACAACUACUUCCGGAUAUUCGAUGUGGAGACGCUCAAUGAUGUGGUCCUGCAGGCGGAUAAAUCUGCUUUCAAGGCGAAGAAGAUCGGCGGCCCCCUUCCAGGCAACAAGGGAGGGAUGAAGAACGGCAUGCGUCCAGGCGGCAUGCGGGAGAACAUGGCUCUGGAGACACUCGACUUCAACAAGAAGAUUCUGCACGCGAGCUGGCAUCCGCGGGAAAACACCAUUGCCAUUGCUGCCACAAACAACCUGUUCUUGUACAGCGCAGCAUGA